UAACAAUUCAAUUUCGACUUUCUCAAAACAUUACACACAAAGAGAAACUUUCUCUAGAGUCAUUUCAUUUCAUCUGAAUCCAUGGGAGACAGGCAACCGCACUUGAACGGUGCGUACUACGGGCCAUCGAUUCCUCCGCCGACGAAAACCUCUCACAGCCACGGCAGACGCGGCGGUGGAUGCUGCUGUGUAGGUGACUGUCUCGGCUGUUGCGGCUGCUGCAUCUUAAGCGUCAUAUUCAACAUCCUCAUAGCCCUAGCCGUCGUCGUAGGCAUAGCCGCUUUGAUCAUCUGGCUAAUCUUCCGACCAAACGCCAUCAAGUUCCACGUCACCGACGCCAAGCUCACUCAGUUCACGCUCGGCACGGACAACAACCUCCAAUACAAUCUAGACCUCAACUUCACGAUCCGAAACCCUAAUCGACGGAUCGGUGUUUACUAUGAUCAGAUCGAGGUCAGAGGCUACUACGGUGACCAGCGUUUCGGAGCAAGUAACAUCUCGCCGUUCUACCAGGGGCACAAGAACACGACGGUGGUCGGAACUAACCUCGCUGGACGGAGCUUGGCGGUGCUUAACGGCGGAGAUAGGAGGGAUCUUGACGAGGAUGUGAAGUCCGGGAUCUACAGGAUCGAUGCGAAGCCGAGACUUAAGAUUAGGUUUAAGUUUGGGUUGAUCAAGUCUUGGAAGUUCAAGCCGAAGAUCAGGUGUGAUCUCAAGGUUCCUCUCAGUUCCUCUAACACGACCAGCGGGUUUCAGUUCCAGCGGACCAAGUAAGACGUUGACUUUUGAUGCUAGUCAAAGUCAAUACUUUGUUGUCUCCGAUAUGAUGAAUUUAUAUAGACAUUUGUUUAUUUUUGGUUUAGAAUGGUUUCUUUAUUAUUUUUAAUACAUGAUGGACUUUGUGUGAUAUCAUUGGAGAGGCAUUUCUUGUGUAAUAAUCUUUUAUUGUAUGGUUCCAUGUAAAUUAAAUAGCAGCUGCUAGAUGUGUUUAUAACCA